CCUGACAUUGAUCCAUAUGUGGUGUUGGGAGUUCAGAAAGAUGCGACCCUCGCUGACAUCAAAUCUGCCCAUCGCAAAUUGGUCCUGAAGUGUCAUCCCGACAAGAUCAAGGAUGAGAGUCAACGGAGUCAGGCUCAGGAUGAGUUUCAGAAGGUUCAACAGGCUUACGAACUCCUUUCCGACGAGACUAGAAGGGCCAAAUAUGACACCAAGGUGCACCUCGCCGAGCUUCGACGGGAGAUGAUGGCGCGCGGAGGGAAUCCCAACGGGUCAUCCCGAAGUAAUGGUUCUGGUUCCAGCGGCCCGCGCGAAUACCGCAAUGGACGAAUUUACGAGGAGCGAACACCGGCAGACGCGACAAACUAUUACGAGGACGAUGGUUUAUACUCCGAUGGAACGCGGCCCACAGCUCGCAAGUAUGAUGAUUACGGCAAGCGCCGGAUGAAGGUGGCGGAGGAGAAGAAGAAAGCCAAGAGUGUCCCUCUCGGUACCGCACGCGCUGCGAAGGAGAUUCUUCGAGACAACGUGAAGACGACCCACUCAUCUCGCGACAAGUACCGUACCAAGGAACGCAAGCGGGAUGCCUACGACAAGAGGUAUCCUGAACGGGCCGCUCCAUUCACCGACUCUGAAGAUGACGGCGCUUCUUCCGAUUCUAGUGCAUCAUCGUACUACGUACGAGUCAAACGACCCUCUGAGAAACGAAGCCGGGAGUCUUCUACACGCAAGGCUCGACCAACCGAAUCAACCCGCCGUCCGGAACCUGCGCGUUACGAAUCAGAAGAUUACUCGGAUCGCAAGGAAACUAAGCAUGAGAAGAUGCAUGACACCGCACGGGAUUACAUUCGGCGGUCGAAAGGAACUGUCCCUGUUGAGAUCGAUCGUAGGGCCCGGAAAUCCCGAUCGCCGCCUCGUCCUUACGCUUAUGAUUCGGCCGAUCCCGAGUCCUCCUCAUCCCGGCGCUCGAAUCGAUCCAGCCGACCUAGCAAGGAGACUGUGCGCAGCUCGAGUUCGCGCAAUAAUUCUUACGAGCAUAUUGAGUCCCAGUCGAGAUCUUAUGACGGCAAAGUUCCCAGCAUGCCCACGGCUGCAACCUCACCAGUGGUCAAAGGCUCUUCGUCAAUCCGGCCUUCUCUUCAAACUUCACAAUCUGCAUCCACUGCGCAUUCGCAUUCACGGUCCAAGCCCAUGGGUCGUACAGAGCAGAUUCUCCUUUCCAUGGCACGUGACGGUAACUCCCGGACCACGAAACUACGAAACACAGAGAAAUACGAUUCCGGUUAUUCUAGUCCGGGCACCCCAGACUUACCACCAGGAGAAAGCCCGACCCGAAUGGCCAGAUACAAGUUCUUGGAGCCGGAAACUGUUUUGGUAGAGCCGAGCAUGCCGCCACCCCACGCGUCAUCGAGACAUGCAAGUGCAAGGAAUCACUCUCCCCCUCCGCGGGAUCGCUCGGGCCCAAGUCGACCCAUAACCAAACCAGUUCGCAGCAGUACUUAUGCCUACCCUGCCGAGUACUCGAGUCGCUACGAAUCCUCAUCUAGACCCAGUGCUUCAAGGCAAUCGUCUUCGCGACCCCUUUACGGUGAAGUAGAAUACGCUCGCAAGUAUGCGCGCGAAAUUGGGCCAGAGCAUUACCCU